UAUAAAAAUAAUAAAUAUUUUAAGCGGUACAUCAUAAAAAUUAUUUAAAUUCGGCGUCAAACCAUAGAUAUCAUUUGCAGGUGUAUACAGUUAAAUAAGGGCGAUACAUGAGCAAACGAUAUUAAAUCUAUCGCAACAAAAUCUUGUAUAUUCGAUUAUAUCUGACUGCAACUGGUGCAUUCGAUAAGAACUUAUUUGGACUGUCACAAGAUAAAUUUGGAACGGGCUAGGAACGAUGUCGUGGAUUUCAGAUUACCAAUAUACAUGUCUACAAAAGCUGGCAUUGCAAACUCUGCAACUUACCGGCAGGAUACCCAACCACAUAGCAUUCGUUAUGGACGGGAAUCGUCGAUUCGCCCGCUCCAAGCAAAUUGAUAAGAUCGAGGGCCAUUCGCGUGGCUUCUCCAAACUGGCCGAUGUCCUUCGUUGGUGUGUGGACAUGGGCAUCAAAGAGGUGACCACGUUUGCCUUCAGUAUCGAGAACUUCAAACGCUCCAACGAAGAGGUCGAGGGCCUUUUCAAUCUGGCCAGAGAAAAGUUUGCCAAGCUGCUGGAGGAGACCAAUCGCCUGGAUGAGCAUGGCAUACGCAUUCGAGUUAUCGGCAACAUUCUCUUGCUGCCCACUGAUCUGCAGCGCCUUAUUGCAACGGCCAUGCUGCGCACCGAGCGCAACGACAAAUUGUUCUUAAAUGUCGCCUUCGCCUACACUUCCCGCGACGAAAUGACACAGGCAGUGGAGGCUGUGCUAAAGGGCGACGAUCAGUCUGAUGAUGAACCGUUGCAUCCAACCGAUAUCAGUGAAAGACUGCUUGAGGAGUGCCUCUACACACGUCACUCCCCGCCACCGGACAUGGUGUUCCGCACCUCCGGCGAGACACGUCUGAGCGACUUUAUGAUGUGGCAGUUGAGCUCAUCUGUGCUGUACUUUACGGAUGUGCUGUGGCCGCAGAUAACGAUUUGGAACUUUUUAGCCAGCAUUGUGGCCUAUCAGUGCAAUAGAUAUCGGAUGGAGCGGUAUAAACGUGGAGAACGCCUUCAUAGCGCCCAACUGGCUAAGUCCAGUGACUUCUAUAGCCUGCGCGUACAGAAGUUUUUGCAUAGACUAGAUGCCAAUCGCAGGAAAUUGUUAAUAGCUUUGGCUUCCAAUUAAAGUCGGGCAGAUUGUUAAAUGUAGAUUAAAUGUUGUGAUAGGUA